UGUUUUAGAUUCGCUCCCUGGAUCACGAUGAGCGUGCUGCCAUCUAGUCGCUGCUCUGCGGUGGUCAUCCGCUGGGCUGAUAAGGAGUAGGUCUACACUCGUCUCGGUUGCUUUUGCGUGAGUGUGUGUGUGUGUAUGUGUCACUGUUUGUGGUGUACGCGUGUGUGUGUGUGUGUGUGUGUGUGUGUGUGUGUGUGUCGAGGAAGACGCGUAGUGAGCUUGAGCCUUGACCUUUCCAAUGCAAUUCCUGGCAACCAUGGCGCCCCUGAUGUACACAGAAAGAGCGUUGACGAGUUGCCUUCGGUGGAUCACCCACAGUGUACGGCAGUAGCCUAGAGCUCCGUGGACCGUAUAAGUAACUUUAGUUCUACAACUCCCUGUUGGUGUUCGCAUGAAGUAGGAGAGGGGAGAGUGUCUUGAAACCUUCCUUCGCUCUUCCAGGUGCAAGUGCAGCAUUCCAUCCAGACAUCCAAGAUGGUCAAUUCGCUACUACCCGCUUUGGCUGUCUUCGCUCUUCUUCUGAUCAGCGGACCGUUACAAAGCACAUGCUUUAUUGUCACCGGUUCGUACGAGUGCAAGCUAAGCAAUGGGACAGUGUUGACCAGUGGAGAUUACACUUCUCUCCUCUUUGGCGCAUUCUCGGCGGCCCGUGAUACGGUUGCCGAUCGUUUCUAUGACGAUAUGACCUGCGUAUUUGACUUUGAAACGUCUAUUGACCGGUAUGUGUACAUCGAGCUGUACAACUGUCCUCUCGUAGACAGCAGAACCACCAGCUGUGACAAGGAUAGAAUUCAAUUCCUGGGUCUUGGCCCCGGUCCUGACCCACCUAUUCAUGUCUUCGAAAAACUGACAUGCUUCCAUGACCUGGACGGAGCAGUUAGUUAUGUGCCGUCUAAUAUCAUUAAAGUGACUUUCACCAGCGACAGCGUAGCUGAUUCCGAGAGCCAAGGCUGCUAUGGAUGGUUUUAUGCCUAUCCCAACCCUAACAUGGAUUCCUCCUUUCCAGGUAACGGCAAUAACAACGAUGACGGCUCUCUGCCUGGCGGCGCCCCACCUGGCCUGCCUGGCGGCGCCCCACCUGGCCUGCUUCAAGCAGAGCUUGCUCUUCUUCGUCGCUACAACCAAGCCAAAGAUGACGACAAAUUGGACAUUGUCUGCGAAAAACCAACAUUCUUCCAAACAUUGAGCAUUGUAACAGGACAUUGUCCGCAACAACCUGACGGUAUUGCUGUCGCCAACGGCAACGUCAAAGCCAAAGGCAAAGGCAAAGCCAAAGGCAAAGCCAAAGGCAGAGCCAAAGGCAAAGCCAAAGGCAGAGCCAAAGGUCGUGGUCGCAUUUUUUACGGAUGAAGAAUCCUCGCCAUGUUUCUUGCAGUGUGCAGUGAAAUGACCUGCCUGCCUGAUAUCGUGUGCAUCCGUGAUUCUUGCCAGGAACCUCUGGCUGUGCAACUUGCCACAGCUAGCGGCAUCAGUAUCUCGCUCCUUUCUGUUUUGAAUAGUGGACGUGUGCAUAUUUCAGUGUGUGUGUGUGUGUGUGUGUGUGUGCAUAUGUGUGUGUGUGUGCGCGCGCGCGCGUUCGAGCGUAUGUGCAUGUGUGUAUGCUCAUGCGUACGCGUCCUCAAAGUGACCCAUAAAUCCGGACAUGUCCUGUGUUAGCCACUUUGUACACAUUCAAUAAUAUUGAAAAACUGCUGCACAAACAUGAUCAGAGGUGCAGCGUGAUUACUUUUUUUAGUUCUCAGCUUCCAGUAACCAUUGCCGUGGCCGGUGAAAGGUAGAAAACUGCUCUCUCGUCUAAACACAACAAGCAGUGUGUAGCAACACUCAAUAUGCUACACAUUGCAUGCCUCAGCACACUUGCUUCACGUCAUACUGUCUUGCUCUUGCCAACAUUAAUUUUCACGUUGCUGGUAUGUGGCCAAGAGCAUAGGUAGCAUACCAGAUUGAAAUUUCUUUUGUGCUGUAAUAUUCACUAUUCUAUUUUCACACUUCAACACGCUGAGUUUACUCUUUUGUGAUUUCUGAAGUACUAGUUGUAGAAUGAAAAGGUAUGGUCCUGACGAACAGACCACUCCAAA